AGAUAAACCGGUAUGAGUAUGAUGGAACCUUUGGAAGGAGAUGCACCACUACCUUUACCCCACGUCCCUGGCUUCUCAGCCCCAUUUGCACCGCCGGGCUCGUCUCAGAACUGCCCUUCCACUCUCUCCUGCCAACAGCAGCAGCAACAAGAGCCUUCUUCACUAGGCUGUGGAGAAGCACCAGCCAUUGACUGGGCUUCACUGUUCUUACCGAGCUCGAUAGGACUGCAACAGCCAACGCCGGCGGGAUUGUUACAGAGCGUGGAGAGGCCAAGCGAAGGCGAAGGUAAUAAUGCUACUAAAGUUGGUGGUGGUGGUGGUUGUGGCAAGGAGAAAGUAAAGGGUGGAAGGGCAAAGAAGGUCAGCAAGCCGAGGUUCGCAUUCCAGACUAGGAGUGCUAAUGAUAUACUCGAUGAUGGUUAUCGAUGGAGGAAGUAUGGCCAGAAGGCGGUGAAGAACAGCAUUUAUCCCAGAAGCUAUUAUCGAUGCACGCACCACACAUGCAAUGUGAAAAAGCAAGUUCAACGUCUAUCCAAGGAUACAAGCAUUGUUGUUACUACAUACGAGGGAGUGCACAAUCAUCCGUGCGAGAAACUAAUGGAAGCUUUGAGCCCUCUUCUCAAGCAGAUUCAAUUUCUCUCUCGAUUUUAACUCUACUUCUAUUAAGUUGGGUAAAAAAAAGUUGCCCAUCUUAGCAAAUUAUACUUGCUUCAUUGUAUAAGAUGUAUAAAGAUAUGUCCAACUGCAGUCCAAGUUAUAUAAACUUGUAACACAGAAAAAGCUUUUCUUGUUGCAAUUAACACUCGCAUUACCC